CUCCGGGACAGCGUUCAUUACCUCGACGUGUUUCGACCGUGCCGUCGAUAUUUGUCGCUGGAGAAGCUGCGCAAAUUGUUGUUCAAUCCCAGCGCUCGCUGAGCUCGAUACUGCUUUGCUGCGCUGCUCGCUGAGCUCGACACUGCUUGCAAGUGCUGCGCAGCGAGUGCAGCACAUACAUGGCAGUGCGCACGCGCAGCGGCCGCCGCAGCGGCGCAACACCCCUCAACGGAAGUGCAGCGGCGCCAUACGAGUGGAAGCUCGACGCCCUCCUCACCGUCGUCUACCUCGCGGUGCUCUACUACUGGCGCUAGAACGAUGAGAAGAGCACUCGUCCUCGCCACAACAACCGCGCGGGCCGUGCGCUUCGGCCGCGUGCUGGCGCCCGUGGGUUUGUUGGGAGGCGCGAGCCUGCUGUCCAGUGCGCGCGCACCCGUGCACGAAUCAAAUGUCGCUCGCCCACAGCUGACGCGACGCUCUCAUCGUUGAUUUGCACACAGGCGAGCGCGGAAAAAGAUCGACUACGAAUCAUUGACGGGCCUGCCCGAGAGCUGGGCCGCCGAAGCCGCCAAACACGCAUUAGCUGGCAACACACCCACAAGGUCCGACGGCGGGUACGAGAUAGCGACCUUCGCCGGCGGCUGCUUCUGGGGCGUCGAGCUGCGCUUCCAGCGCGUGCCCGGCGUCAUCGCGACGGCGAGCGGCUACGUCCAAGGGCAUAAAUCUGAGCCGACCUACAAGGAGGUCUCGGCGCGGUCCACGGGCCACACGGAAGCGGUCCAGCUCAUUUUCGAUCCGGGCGUUGUGAGUUAUGCGGACUUGCUGGAGAUCUACUGGGACCGACUGGGCGACGACGCCACGCGCGCCAACGCCGUUGGCAACGACCGCGGGCCGCAGUACCGCUCCGGCGUCUACGCGCUUUCCGAGAGACAGCUCGCCGCCGCGGAGGCGUCGCUAUCAAAGCGCCAGGAGCGCUUCGCGAAGCCGAUCGCGACGGAGGUCGAAAUGCAAAGAGGCGUCUUCUGGCCCGCGGAGGAGUACCACCAGCAGUACCUCGAGAAGGGCGGCCAGUCCGCCAGGAAAAAGGAGACGGAGCCGAUCCGGUGUUAUGGGUAAGAGCC